AUGGAAUCAAUCUCUAUGAUGGGAAGUCCUAAGAACCUCAAUGAAACUUUUCUACCAAAUGUUGCCAAUGGCGUCAAGGAUGCCAGUAAGAUCACAAUAGGCAUCAUUGGAAGUGGAGACUUUGCUAAGUCAUUGACAAUUAGACUUAUCAGAUGCGGGUACCACGUGGUCGUAGGAAGCAGAAACCCUAAACUUGCUGCUGAGUUUUUUCCCCAUGUGGUUGAUGUCACUCACCAUGAAGAUGCAGUAGCAAAAACAAACAUAAUUUUUGUAGCCAUACACAGAGAACAUUACACCUCUUUGUGGGACCUUAAACAUUUACUCGCUGGGAAAAUCCUGAUUGAUGUCAGCAAUAAUACAAGAGUCGAUCAAUAUCCGGACUCCAAUGCAGAGUAUUUGGCAUCACUUUUCCCAGAUUCCCUGAUUGUCAAAGGAUUCAAUGUCGUUUCAGCUUGGUCACUGCAGUUAGGACCAAAGGAUGCCAGCAGACAGGUCUAUAUAUGCAGUAACAAUGUUCAGGCUCGCCAUCAAGUUAUUGAACUUGCCCGUCAGCUUAGUUUUAUUCCUAUCGAUUUGGGGGCAUUGUCAUCUUCAAGGGAGAUUGAAAACUUACCUCUGCGACUGUUCACACUGUGGAAGGGGCCUGUGGUGAUUGCCAUUAGCCUGGCAACGUUUUUCUUCGUCUAUUCCUUCAUCAGAGAUGUAAUCCAUCCAUACGUGAGAAAUCAGCAGAGUGACUUUUACAAGAUCCCCAUUGAGAUCGUGAACAAGACACUACCAAUUGUUGCUAUCACUUUACUCUCUCUAGUGUAUCUAUCAGGCCUUAUUGCAGCUGCUUAUCAGCUUUACUAUGGUACUAAGUACAGGCGAUUCCCACCUUGGCUGGGCAACUGGCUCCAGUGUCGAAAGCAGCUUGGACUGCUCAGUUUUUUCUUUGCAACAGUGCAUGUGGCAUACAGCCUCUGCUUACCUAUGAGGAGGUCAGAGCGGUACUUGUUCCUCAAUAUGGCGUAUCAACAGGUUCAUGCAAAUAUUGAAAAUUCUUGGAAUGAGGAAGAAGUGUGGCGAAUUGAAAUGUAUAUCUCCUUUGGAAUAAUGAGUCUUGGAUUGCUUGCUUUGCUGGCAGUAACUUCCAUCCCUUCAGUAAACAGUGCCUUAAACUGGAGGGAGUUCAGUUUUAUUCAGUCGACGCUUGGAUACGUUGCUCUGCUCAUAAGUACUUUCCAUGUACUGAUUUACGGAUGGAAAAGAGCUUUUGAAGAAGAGUAUUACAGAUUCUAUACGCCGCCAAAUUUUGUUCUUGCCAUUGUGCUGCCUUCCAUUGUAAUUCUAGGUAAGAUCAUUUUGCUUUUGCCAUGUGUAAGUAGGAAACUGAGGAGAAUUCGAAGAGGAUGGGAGAAAAGCCAUGUUACAGAAGAAACAAGUGGAUCUGUUCCACAUCUCUCCCCGGAAAGGAUAACUGUCAUGUAAUGAUAGACUACUAUUUGUUAGCAC